AUGGCCCAGAGUGAGCCAGUUAGAGCACCAACUGGACGUGCACCUUGUAUCCCCGCUUGGACACGGACCUGGCCACGUCUGGCACAGCCCGCUGCAGGCUGGCUCCACCUCGAGCAAGCUCUGCCUGCUCCUUCCCUCCAUCCCGAGGAGCCGGCACCGACGCCACACCCGCUGCCCACCCAGGAAAAGCUUGUGGGGGCCAGCAGGCUCAGCCUGAGCACCAGCCCUCACAGUGGCUUCGCCUUCAGGAGGAGCCCGGCCGGACCUCACACCCCCAAGUCCCAUCCUCCAGUAGAGAAUGAACCAGAGGGAGGGCCUGCUCAAGGGACAUGCAGUAAACGAGUAGCCCCUCCAGAUGCUGUUCCUAUAUCCCCACUGCGGGCUUACAGCCCUCCUGAUGAAGGCAAUCAGCCCUUACAGGAUUGGCCUUUCUCUUCCUCUGAUCUUUACAAUUGGAAAUCUCAGAAUCCCCCUUUCUCUGAAAAACCUCAAGGUCUCACUAACCUUGUAGAAUCUCUCCUCUUUACUCAUCAGCCCACCUGGGAUGAUUUCCAGCAGCUUCUACAGGUCCUGUUCACCACAGAGGAGAGACAACGAAUCCUCCUUGAGGCUCGAACGAAUGUUCCAGGGGCCGAUGGGCGACCUACUCUCCUUCCUGAUGUUAUAGAUGCAGGGUUCCCGUUGAUCAGACCAAAUUGGGACUUCAAUUCGGCUGAAGGUAGGGAGCACCUAAAGGUCUAUCACCAGGCUCUAAUGGCAGGUCUCAGAGGGGCAGCAAAAUGCCCCACCAAUUUGACUAAGGUGAGAGAGAUAACUCAGGGGUCCGAUGAGUCUCCGUCAGCAUUUUUAGGAAGACUUAUGGAGGCGUUCCAUCAGUUUACCCCAUAGGACCCUGGUAGUGAAGAACAUAAGGCUACAGUGACAGUUGCCUUUAUUGAUCAGUCUAGCAGGGACAUCAGAAAGAAGCUGCAGAAGCUUGAAGGGUUGCAAGAUAAGUCAUUAAGAGAAUUAGUGCAGGUGGCUGAAAAGGUUUAUCAUAACAGAGAGUCAGAAGAAGCUAAAAAAAUAAAGAGAGAAAAGCGCCAAGAAAAAAAUUUUCACAGACUUCUGGCCACUGUAGUUAGGGAAACCAGAGAGUGUAAUAAUAUGGUGCCAAGCAAUAAGAAGGGACCCCUGGCAAAGGAUCAAUGUGCUUAAUGUAGGGAGAGGGGGCACUGGGUGCAAAACUGCCCUAAGAAAAAGAAAGGGCCUCAAGCCCCCAAAGUCUUGACCUUGCAGGAAGACAGUGAUUAGGGGGGAUGGGGUUCGGGUCCCCUCCCUGAACCCAGGGUAACUCUUAAAGUAGAGGGGAAGCCUCUUCAGUUCAUGGUAGAUACAGGAGCUGAAAAUUCAGUAUUGCUACAAGCAAAUGGACCUCUUCUCAAGAAAAAGUCAUGGGUACAAGGGGCUACAGGGAACAAACAGUACCCAUGGACUACCCAAAGAACAGUGGACCUAGGCGUGGGCCGGGUAUCCCACUUGUUCAUAGUUAUUCCUGAAUGCCCCUACCCAUUGCUGGGAAGAGAUCUCCUCACCAAAAUAGGUGCACAAAUUCAUUUUGACCCCAAGGGACCUCAGGUGCUAGAUCGGCAAGGGAAGCCUCUCCAGGUAUUAACCCUCAGGUUAGAAGAUGAAUACCAAUUGUUUGAAAAGCAUGGGCAGUUGACUGGACAGAUGGACUGGUGGUUAGAAAACUAUCCCCAGGCGUGGGCAGAAACAGCAGGGAUAGGAAAAGCUAAGAACCGGCUCCCCGUCCACAUAGAAUUAAAGGCUCAAGCCAGCCCUAUAGCUGUCUGACAAUACCCAUGUCCCAAGAAGCACACGAGGCCAUCUGACCCUACGUUGCCUGCUUGCUCCAAGCUGGGAAUCCUACGGAAGUGCCAAUCAGUGUGGAACACACCCUUGCUGCCAGUUUGGAAGCCUGGGACUAAUGACUAUCGACCGGUCCAAGACCUCCGAGAGGUAAAUAAAUGCGUGGCCGAUCUCCAUGCCACCGUCCCUAAUCCCUAUAAUCUUCUAAGUUCUUUACCUCCAGACAGGACCUGGUAUUCAUUACUGGAUCUUAAAGAUGCAUUCUUCUGUUUGCCGCUGACUGUACAAAGUCAGGAUUACUUUGCCUUUGAGUGGAAAGAUCCAGAGACUGGCCUAGUGGGGCAACUCACUUGGACCCGCCUGCCUCAAGGAUUCAAAAACUCACCCACCAUCUUCCAUGAGGCCCUCCACCAGGACUUGGCUGUGUUCUGGGCCUCUAACCCCCAGGUAACUCUGUUGCAGUAUGUGGAUGAUCUCCUCCUGGUGGCGGCCAAAGAGGAGCUAUGUUUAGAAGGAACAAAGCGACUCCUUACAGAGUUGGGAGAACAGGGCUAUCGAGCCUCCACCAAAAAGGCCCAGAUCUGCAAGCGACAGGUCAGUUACCUGGGGUACCUUCUUAAGGAUGGAAAAAGAUGGUUGUCUGAGGCCAGAAAAGAGACAGUAUUCCACAUCCCGCCACCCUCUAACCAAAGGCAAGUUAGAGAAUUUUUAGGUACUGCUGGGUUUUGCCGCCUGUGGAUACCUGGUUUUGCUGAGAUGGCAGCCCCAAAAUAUCCCCUCACUAAAAACAAUCAGCCCUUUAAAUGGGGAGAAAAGGAACAACAGGCUUUUGAUAACAUUAAAAUAGCCUUAAUGUCUGCACCGGCCUUAGGACUCCCUGACGUAACUAAGCCUUUCCACCUGUAUGUGGCAGAAAAUAAGGGAAUUGCAAAAGGGGUCCUAACUCAGAGACUGGGGCCGUGGAAAAGACCGUUAGUAUAUCUGUCCAAAAAAUUAGACCCAGUAGCUGCAGGGUGGCCAGCCUGUCUAAAAAUCGUAGCAGCAGUUGCCGUCCUAGUAAAGUAUGCUGACAAAUUGACUAUGGGGCAGAAUUUAGUAAUCUCAGCACCGCAUGCCUUAGAGAGUGUUGUCCGCCAGCCCCCCGAGACUCACUAUCAGACUCAGUUACUAAAUUCAGACCGGGUUACUUUUGCUCCACCGGCAAGCUUGAAUCCAGCCACACUGCUGCUGGACUCUGACCUCGACCCCCCCAUCCAUAACUGCCAACAAGUGCUUGCUGAGGCACACAGAUGGUGGAAAGGCUUGUCAGCUCAGCCUCUGAUGGAUGCUGAAGCCACCUGGUUUAUGGACGGCAGCAGUUUUCUGGAAGAAGGAGUACGAAAGGCAGGAGCUGCUACAGUAGACAGCCAGAAUCUGAUAUGGGCACAGACUUUACCUUCUGGGACGUCCUCCCAGAAGGCAGAACUCAUCGCCCUCACAAAAGCCCUUGAACUGGGAGAAGACAAAAAGAUCAGCAUCUACACGGACAGCAGGUAUGCCUUUGCCACUGCCCAUGUGCACAGCGCUAUCUAUCAACAGCAGGGUCUCCUGACCUCAGGAGGAAAAGAGAUCAAAAACAAAGAAGAGAUCAUAGCCCUGCUGGAGGCCCUUCACCGACCGCUAAAAGUGAGUAUUAUACACUGCCCAGGUCACCAGAAAGGGGAUUUCCCUAUCACCAAGGGAAUUUUGGCGGAUUCUGAAGCAAGGGCGGCAGCCAAAAGGCCUAAGCCUAUUCUGUUAGUUGACACCCCUAAGUUAGAAAAGCCCAAAUUUAAAUACUCUGCUGAGGAUGUAGCAGUGAUCUCAAGGGAUUCUAACAACCGCUUUGAUCAGGAAAAAGGGCGCUGGUAUGCAGCAUCAGGCAAGCCUAUCUUGCCACAAGAACAAGCACAAAUCAUGGUCAAACAGAUGCAUCAAUGGACUCAUCUGGGAGUAGAUAAAUUGGUCCAGACUGUCCUAAAAACCAAAUAUCAUAUCAUAGGGCUAAAACAAUUAGUAGAACAAAUAGUUAAAAGCUGUGUACCUUUUCAAAAAGUGAAUGUCUGCAAGAAUACAGAGGGCCCUGGUAAAAGACUCAGAGGAGACAGACCAGGGAUGUAUUGGGAAGUAGACUUUACAGAAAUUAAACCAGGCAGAUAUGCUUACAAGUAUCUCCUAGUUUUUAUAGACACCUUCUCCGGAUGGGUAGGAGCAUUCCCGAUGAAACAAGAAACAGCCACUGUCGUGGUCAAGAAGAUCCUAGAAGAAAUCUUUCCACGGUUCGGGAUGCCCAAGGUAAUCGGGUCCGACAAUGGACCCGCUUUUAUCGCCAAGGUAAGUCAGGGAAUGGCCAGACACCUAGGGGUCGAUUGGAAAUUACAUUGCAUUUACAGACCCCAGAGUUCAGGACAGGUAGAAAGGAUGAACAGAACUCUAAAAGAGACUCUGACUAAAUUAACCAUAGAGACUGGCGUGGACUGGGUGUUGCUCCUUCCCUUAGCUUUGUUCAGAGUUAGGAACACCCCCUCCCGGUUCAACCUGACUCCCUUUGAGAUACUCUAUGGUGCCCCCGCCCCCUUGACUUUGCUGGGGGAUGCUUUUGAACCCACUUGCCACAAUAACAGUGACUUAUAUGCCAGGAUGAAAGGACUUCAAGCAGUACAGAAAAAUGUUUGUACCCAGUUGGCAGCCACCUACGAGCCUGGAACCCCCAAAGUUUCUCAUCCGUCCCAGGUUGGGGACACAGUCUACGUCAGACAACAUCGUUCCCAGACCCUAGAGCCUCACUGGAAAGGACCUUACUUAGUGCUUCUAACAACCGCAACAGUUGUAAAGGUAGACGGGAUCUCCGCUUGGAUCCACGCCUCGCACGUGAAACCUGCGCGCCAGAGGACCAAGGACAGGGGAGUGUCACCUGGAGAGUCCAGAGUGCUGCAGAGCACUCCUUAA